CGGCUGGUCGACUAUUCGGACAGUGAGGAUGAGCCUGAAGCAGAAGUUUCCGCCGAGCCAUCCGUGGCUGAACCUGUGGAUGAGGAUGGAUUUGCCCAGGCAGUCAUCGGACUACAACACGAGUACACCAAAGAAGUCCGGGAGUUGCAGGAACGACAAGAAGCAACAGAUCGAGAUAUGGCAGUGUAUAUGGGCCAAGUCAACACGAGGUUGCAAAAGCAGCUCAACGUCAUGACUUCAAUCGUCAAGGUAAGU